UCUUCUUCACUUCACUCCCACCAUUUUUAAUCUCUCUCUCUCACAGCAAAAAAAAUAAAUUAAAAAUUUACUACACAACCACUACUGUUAGCCCGUCUCUACCUAAUCCAAUACCUAAAGCCAUAAACUAUAAUAAAAUUCUAUUAAUUCAUACAAACAUUAAUUAAUUUUAUAUUUAUUGAAUAUUUAUUGCUCUUCUGCGGUAGUUCUGUUUGUCUACUUGAUUGGUGUUUUUGUAUGUAUUUGUAAUCUGUUUGAAGGAAUUAGAAACCCUAAUUUUAUUCUAGUUUGAGCUGCAUUAUCAGAUCUUGAACUCGCCGAUGUUAAGCAUUUUCGAGUUGUGUUGUUGUUAUUGUAGUAGUGGUGAGCUCGAGCUUGGUAGCUAAUGUCGGCUUCUUUAGCCGGAUUCGACCGGCCGAGACCUGGAGCUUCUAAUACGGUGUUCAAGAGUGGGCCGCUGUUCAUAUCAUCUAAAGGAUUAGGCUGGAAAUCUUGGAAAAAACGUUGGUUUAUCUUGACACGCACAUCAUUGGUCUUUUUCAAAAAUGAUCCUAGUGCUCUACCACAACGAGGCGGUGAAGUAAAUCUAACUUUAGGGGGAAUUGACUUGAAUAAUUCGGGGAGUGUCGUUGUCAGAGAAGAUAAGAAGUUAUUAACCGUCUUAUUUCCUGAUGGGCGUGAUGGGCGAGCAUUUACCCUCAAGGCUGAGACAUCAGAGGAUUUAUAUGAGUGGAAAACAGCUCUUGAACAUGCCCUUGCACAAGCUCCAAGUGCAGCCCUUGUCAUGGGGCAUAAUGGGAUUUUUCGAACUGAUACAAAUGAAACUAUUGAAGGAUCUUUUCAUCAAUGGAGUAAUAAGCGUCCUGUUAAGUCAUUGGUUGUUGGAAGACCAAUUUUGCUUGCCCUUGAAGAUAUUGAUGGAGGUCCAUCUUUCCUUGAGAAAGCUCUUCGAUUUCUUGAGAAAUUUGGAACUAAGGUAGAAGGAAUUUUGCGACAGGCUGCUGAUGUCGAGGAGGUUGAACGCAGAGUUCAAGAAUAUGAACAAGGAAAGACUGUUUUUGAAUCUAAUGAAGAUGCUCACGUCAUUGGUGAUUGUGUUAAGCAUGUCCUAAGGGAGCUGCCAUCCUCUCCAGUUCCGGCAUCUUGCUGCACUGCAUUGCUUGAAGCUUAUAAAAUUGACCGUAAGGAAGCUCGAAUUAAUGCAAUGCGCUCUGCUAUAUUGGAGACCUUUCCUGAACCAAAUCGACGUUUAUUACAGAGAAUUUUGAAGAUGAUGCAUACAAUCUGUUCUCAUGCUAAUGAGAAUCGAAUGACUGCGUCUGCUGUCGCUGCUUGCAUGGCGCCCUUGUUGUUACGUCCUCUAUUAGCUGGUGAAUGUGAGUUAGAGGACGACUUUGAUUUUAAUGGUGAUAGUUCCGCUCAGCUUCUUGCUGCUGCUAAUGCUGCCAAUAAUGCUCAAGGGAUCAUUACAACUCUUUUAGAGGAGUAUGAUAAUGUUUUUGAUGACGAAAAUCUACACAGAUGCUCCAUUUCUGCCGAUUCUCGGAUUGAAAACAGUGGGAGUGAAGAUUCAUCUGAUGAUGAAAAUAUUGAUAUAAAAGAUAAUGGUUAUCAUGACGCUGAAAAUGAAGUUGAUCAAGAAACUGACGAUGUUGCUGAUGCUGAAAGAGUACUCAGUGGAAAAUUAAGUGAAAGCAGUGGUUAUGCUGGCAGUGAUCUUUAUGACUACAAGGUUCAGGCUUUUCCCGGUGAUGAUUCAGAUGUUGGAUCACCUAGAAAUAAUCAAGCUUCGGCUGAGUGUUCAAACAUACGUGUUGAUUCUGCCCAAACUAGAGAUUCUAAUGUUCAAUCGUUAGAACAACCAAGUAAAAUAAAAAAAGGAAAUGAUAUUGUAAAUAAUGAGAUGGAUGUUUCGAGUGUAUUACCCGGCGGUGAAUCAUACCGAUCAAUGGGUGAAAUUUUGUCUUCAAUGGAUCCUGCGCCUUCGUUACCCAUGUUUGGACUCGAAUCACCUGCUGAGAAGUCUGCUGGUAAAGUUGCAAACCCAAAUGUUAAUGGAAAGCGGUCAACAUUCUGGGGAAGAAGCAAUGUCAGAAAGACACCAUCAGUGGAAUCAGUUGAUUCUUCUGGCGAAGAAGAGGUUGCUAUUCAGAGGCUUGAGAUCACAAAAAAUGACUUGAAGCACAGGAUAGCAAAGGAGGCCCGAGGAAAUGCAAUUUUACAAGCCAGCUUAGAGAGGAGGAAGCAAGCUUUGCACGAGAGACGCUUGGCUCUUGAACAAGAUGUGUCAAGAUUGCAAGAACAAUUGCAAGCUGAAAGAGAUCUUAGAGCUGCAUUGGAAGUUGGCUUGAGCAUGUCCUCUGGACAUUUCUCCAGUUCACGUGGCAUGGAUUCUAAAACAAGGGCCGAGCUGGAGGAGAUUGCUCUUGCUGAAGCAGAUGUUGCCAGGUUGAAGCAGAAAGUUGCAGAACUUCACCAUCAGCUUAACCAGCAAAGACAGCAUCAUUAUGGUUCUCUUUCUGACGCAUGUGACCGUUAUCAAAAUGUUCAUAACCAUAGCACCCAACAGAGAUUCCUUCAGCAAGAUUUUGAUACAACCCUUGCUUUCGUGAAUCAUGAAAGAAAACAAAGAACUGAGGAGAAUUUAUUGGGGCCAGAUUGGAGAAAUGUUAAAGGAACAGGAGUAACCACUGGCAGCAGUAGCAGGCAGCCUUCUCGAAAGCACUUUAUGGAAUCAACAAGUCUGAGUGAUUCGAAAAGCACCGAGGCAUCGACCAAUAUGUCCGUGGAUGAUCUCUGUGGAGUUGAUUCCGCUCCUUCUACUUCAAGAGCGGUAGAGAUGAUGGAUUAUCCAAAACAUCCACCAUCAGCGGCAUCUUCCGCACUGGUAGAAUUAACAACCCGGCUUGAUUUCUUCAAAGAAAGGCGCUCGCAACUCAUGGAGCAGCUUCAUAACCUCGACUUAAACUACGGUACAACAACAGCAUCAUCACAAGAUUUUAUUUAUAGACCAUCAUCGCCGCCUUGGAACUGAAAUAAAUUGAUGCUCAUUGAUCAUCAUCGUGUUGUUGUACAUUCUUCAGAAUUUGCAUAUAUGUGUCUUUUCUAGUCUUGCUUCAAUUUCGAUAUCCUUUUUCUUUUUCAUCUUAUGCUUUUCUAGUUACAAAAUUAUUGGAUUCGUAUUAGGUGAUCUUGUAAUGAACAAGAAUAUGGAAGAAACCUUCAAUUGUUUUUUGAGAUGCCUAUGUUGUAUGUAUCCUAGUACAGUUGUCUUAUGUAUAUGGAAGUUAAUGAGUGAAUGUUUUUGGAAUCC